CUAUCCUCUCCAGGAUUUCCUGAUGGCUGCUCGGACCAAUAGUCCACCAGACAUUCCUGAUGCCGUUAAAACCUCCAUAUUUGAAUUACUUGAUGCGGACUUGAAUAAAACAAUACUUGACUCUCUAUUACAAGGCAUAUACACUGGAAUCGUAGCUGUCACACUAUGGUAUAUUUUUAUGAACAAGUCUCAGCGUAUUCGACAAGGCAUGGUUAUCAUUAUAAUACUCCUUUAUAUUGUCACCGCAUUCAACUUCGUGAACAUUUGGUUGGACAUGCACAUUUUAUUCAUCGACCAUGGACAGAGUUUCUGGAGAAAAUAUUUGUUUUCUCGUGAUCCAACUGCAUUGAAAACAAUUGGUGGGGGUGUCGCAGCUGCAACCUGUACUAUCCUUGCAGACUCUACUAUUGCAGGAGGUGAAGCGGGAGGUGGACUCAGGGCUUACCACCAUGUCCUCGAGAUCUUGAUUGAGUCAUCAGCUCUUUAUUCAAUAGCCUUGAUCUUAUGCACCGCCUUCUUUGCUUGCAAUACCAUUUCAAUUAUGUACUUCGAUGUCUUAGCAGCAAUUGCACGGGGAAUUGCCCCGACACUCAUCAUAGGGCGUGUCGCAGCAGGUCAUGCCCAUCCAGAUGAUUCAUGGAUGGGAAGCGUGAUAUCGGGUUCACUCCAUUUCAGGACGUGUUCCAGGGUUCAGAGUUCUCGGAAUGAAGACCUUGAAGCUCAGCAGGAGAGCUCCGACGAAUAUGGCCAUCGUACUUUGAUGGACUCUGAGGAAGAUAUUACAGAUGACCACCGCUGCACCUUGAGGGCCUUCCAGGAAGAUAUUGGGGUUGAGAUGGAGUGCCUCAUUCUUGCAGAUCACCCAAAGGCCUGCAUAGGGAGACGACAGGAUGGUGACUUUGAUAUUGAGGAUGGUAUAUGUGGGGAUGAGCUCCAAGUCUGA